AUGACCACUCAGUAGAAUGCUGGGGUGCGGUGGGGGCUGGAGAUGAUGGAGAUUUAGGUCUUUCGGAGUAUUUGUGUUGCUGGUUAACAUUUUCUUUCUUUCUUUUUGUUAUUAAUAUUGUAUUGGUGUUACUUCUCAGUAUCCUUUGGUGGCAUUUUUUGGUGGUCAAAUGAGUGAGUCAACGUCUCAAGAUCAGUCCAAACCUAAUCAGGACAAUGGAAAAGGCGGCAAGGACCAGCAGCAGGACUCAAAGGACGAAAAGGAGCCUGAGGAGACAUCACCGAAAACACAAAGUGUUCCUGCAUCAGAGACCAGCAGCCAGGCGAUGGAAGACGCAAACGAGGAGGAGGAAUCCCAAGAUGAGGACUCCCAUGCAGCUUUCAGGAAUGUUGUGUUUCGAAAACCUGCACAAGUGAUUCUUGGUUUAGAUGAAUACGAACUGAGGUUAAAAACACAACAACCAUGGAAGAAAAAUUUUCAUGAGAUAGUAGAAGCAAGAGCCCAGGUCAUGCAGCAGAAUGUGUUAGAAAAGGAUAGCCUGAAGAAGGAACAAGAAAAGAAGACUGCAAAAAAUCUCCCUAGGGAUGACUUGGCCAAAGAGUGGUUUAAUAUUGAAAGCAUGACACUAAGUCCCCGGGCAUACUUGCUGGACAAGCUUCUACCCACCUUGAUUCCGGGAGUAGAACACAUGUUAAUGCAGGUAGAAAAGAAGAAACUCUUGAGCCGAGCUGAUAUCCCAACCAAGUUUGAUCCAAUUAAUUACCUGGGGGAAUAUUUAAUGAGAAAUAAUACUCACUAUAUCAAAGACCCAGGAAUGUCUGGUUACCAGAGGGUCAUGAAAGAAGUCACAGAAAAGCUGAAGAUACAUGUUCCUGGUACAAUCAGCAACAGAGUAUCCAACAUGAAGGAGAAAGUUAAGCAAAAGAGAGAACAAAGAGAAUAUAUCAGCACAGUCAAAGUCAAGGUGGCCACAAUGAGAAAGCAGGCCCUGGAGGAACAGUUCAGUGAGUGGAUUCUCAACCCCAGAGGAAUGAUUCCUUUAGUUGUGGUUCAGAAUGUCCUUUAUGAUUUUUUUCAGAAGCCAGAAUUGCAACUUGAAUCACAUUGCAAAGAUCUGAUUAUGAUCAAAUCUCUGGAACCUGGAUUGAACCAACAGCAAUUCAUACAAUACAUCUCUUCACACGUUGCAAACUUGAAGAGUGAAGUUUUUGAGAAACUCAUUAAACACCUUUGCCACUGUGCAGAAGGAUUCCGGGAGAUCGUAAAAGCGGACAUGCGGAGACAGAUGUUUGCUGAACUCUUCCUCUAUUGUGACAGUGGAAAGGUGAAGGCCUUGGAUCGGCAGAGGACACUGGCCUUGCUGGAAACAUUCUAUGAUCAAAGCUCACAAACUACGAGGAGUUUACUCCGAAACCCAAGACAAUGGCCAUUAAUUGAAUUUGAGGAGAUAGAGUUGCCUGAGUUCUGGGGAGAUAUGGAUAUGAAGAAGCAUAUUUAUGAAGACUUUGAUGAGGUGCUCUUAAAGAUGAAUGUGAUAAUGGCUGAAAAACUUGCUAGCAAACUCCAAGAAAAUGAAGAUCAGCAGAGAGAGACAAGUGCAGACCAAGAACCAUCCCCAGAAUCAGCCACAGAGCCAGGAACACCACUGACUUCAGAACAAGGAGCCAGCAAAGGAAAGAGACCCCACAAAGGGUCUCUUACAGGACAAGGACAGGGCAAAGGGUCGCGCAAAUCAUCCAGUUCAGGACAAGGAUCUCGCAAAACGUCAGUAGCAGAGCCAAGAUCGCACAGAGGAGGGUCAGUGGCAGAGCAAGGGUCUCGCAGAACUUCCGCAGCCGAGCAAACACAGCAGAGAGGGUCCAUUGCAGAGCAAGCGUCCCGCAGAACUUCCGCAGCCGAACAGGAGCCACAGACAGGGCAAGACCCAAACAGUGACUCCGUGUCAGAACAAGAACCACACAUAGGGUCAGUCAUAGAGGAUCAAGAAGGAUCACAGAGAGGGUCAAUUUCAGAACUUGAGCAACACAGAGCAUCAAUGGCAGAAGAGCGCAAAAGGUCAUCUGUAGAUACUGGGUCUCGUAGGAGUUCAGAAGCCGGGUCGCGCAAAGGAUCAUUGAUAGACCAAGGACAGCGCAAAGGAACUAGAGGUCAGCGCAAGGGAUCAGCAGGACGCAAAGCGUCAAAUUCAGAAUAUGAAACACAUAAAGAGUCCAUAACAGAAGAGCCACAGUACGAGUCAGAACAAGGAUCGCCGACAGACACCAUUCUAGAAGAACCGGACGCAGACUCAACCUCACAAGUAGAAGAAAGCGGCACCUUAAAAGAAAGUGAAGCCUCGAAAUUCGAUAAAGUGGAAUCUCAAGAAGAAAAGCCUUUGCCGACCAUAAAAGAAAAGCAAGCCGCCAUGGAUUCCCAACAGCGUGAGGAAGUUCCUGCAACCAGCAAAAAGCCAGGGGGCAGGAAAAAAGAUCGCCUUCCAGUAGGAGCUUCAAAAAUGGACUCUGAGAAAGACAAAGCCUGCGAACCGAAGCCCCAGCACAUAGAAGGAAAAUCAUGGUCAGGUGAAUUUUUGGCCUGUGACUGGAAGGUACAUUCUGAAGAUGAGGAGCAGGCAAAAUUAAUCUACGGUGACUCCAGAUUCACAGACCUGCAUGCGAUUGUUAGGAAUAUUCAGACUUAUAAGGAAAUAAAAGGAAGAAGUGCCUUCGAUGGAGUUUCCCUCAACUUGCUGCAGUUUGUGCAACUCCUAGAGACAUUUGUGGGUGAAGACACUCCCUUAAGUGUCAGCCAGAGUCUCACCUCCUUCUUUCAGAAGAACUAUUUUGAAACAAAACAAGAGAAGAUGAAAGCCUUGGAGCAGGCUAGACAGAACGCUUUCCAAGUCCGACGGAUGCUUCUUCUAGAAGCCCUCUUCCAGAAGUGGGACAAUGAUGGCUCAGGCUUUCUGAGUCUGAAUGAAGUGGAUGAUCUCCUGUAUACAUACAAGGAGGGAAUGGAAAGAGAGUCUAUGAAGAAAGCUAAACUGCACAUCCAAUUUCCAAAGCCACAUCCUGGUCAUGAAAUAAAGUUGUCUUCAGAGCAGUUUCAGAAGUACAUAGAAUUGGUUGUGUCUGAACUCAGGGGCAACGAGGACCAAGUUCUGGACAGUGUUGUGGAGUUUCUGAUGAGUUCUUUAGAGAGGAGCCACACUGAGGGUCUAAGGAACUGUGCAAGACGGAAGUGGCUCCAUCAGAUCCAACAUGCUGCAGAGACAAGCGGGGUGUCCCUGGAGCCAGUGUAUGCCGAGACCUUUAGGGCCCUCACCCAGGAUGCUGAAGCUCAUGGAAAUAAGAAGAUCAGUGCUCACAUUUCCCUCUUAGAAGAAAACCUCUUCCUGCCAGAGAGAGGGGAUGUUCUCUUGAGGAAUGUGGCUUGUACCCUGGAUGAUGCUCCCUUUGUACUGAACAAAGUGCUCUACAGGGACAUGAAAGGAAUCAGUUUUACAGUAGUGGAUGAAGGCAAGCCAAUCCAUGUCCCACAAGUUCAGCACCAUGGGAACAUCUUCUUCUGGAAUAGUUCCCGCAGGAAGAGUGAGCGUCAUGGGUCAUUCCUGGCUCUGCCUCUUCAGGAUGCAUAUAUGAGGAUCUUUGGAGUCCUGGCAAUUGACACUCUUCGAGAUCCCCGUGAAAUAAACAUCUUCCUGCAUCAUGAGAUCAAAUUCUAUCAGGGUGUUGCCAAGACCUUCAGCACUGCCUAUCACCACGUUCACAGCAAGGAGCACAUCCUGCACACUGUGAUCACUGGCAUCAGGUGGCUCUUCAAUAUCACAUCCGGCAUCACCUCCAUCACUACGUGCUUUAUUGAACCUAGCUCAGAACAGGAAGACUAUGUUUUACGCAAAAUGAUGGUUACAGAGUAUCUCGGUCUAACAGAAAUCCAUACAGAACCCCCAACCAUUUCGAGGAAGUCGAGCAUUUUCAGAGAUUUUCUCUUUAAGUGCACAGACACUUCGGAAGUUAUCUUGGCUUCUAGCAGUGGAGAAACCCACAUUGUAAUUCCACUUCGCCAAAGAACAAAGGAGGCUAUGGGAAUCCUCGAUGUUAACAUCGGCCAGACUAGGAUGUUGAUGUAUCAAGAAUAUAAAGAUCUACAGAAGAUGACGAAGAUGAUCCAAAAUGCCUGCGAUGAAAUACUGGGCGAAUUCUCUGGAGAAAUCAAGAAAAAUGAGGUCAUAGAGAUGGAAAAGACAGGAGAGGUCACGCGGGCAGGAAUUCUCUUCUUCCGGGUCAUGCUGCAGGAGCUUCGGGAAUGCCUCCAGCUCCUCACGUCCAUGGACUUUGUGUCUCUGCUGCUCUAUGAGCACAGACCUCGCGAGGACGUGACGCUUUCUUCAGACAUCGGUUCCCAGUAUAUAGACGCCAACGUGGCCCUUGUGCACGACAUCCUGAAAGGAUCUAUCUUGUUCUCUCAGCAGGAUAUAGAAACUUCCAGUGACUUGGAAGAGUGGGAAAAGUGGAAGUUUUACAUUAACAAGUACUUAGUUGAGGAUCUUUGUGUGUUUGAUCCAACGGCUAUCGAUAUGAACAUUAACGUACAGCUUGUUAUGGACUAUGUCCUAGAUCAUUCUCGAACUGAAGUAUGGAGAUUUGGCAAUCUUGUCAUUGAAAUCCUGUACCACUGGUUACACAUUAAUUUGACUCUUAUGGAGCUAAACAAACAAAGUAGAUCUAUUUUACCUCCAUUGCCCAAGAAGAGCGAUACCUCUAUUCAUACAACAUUCACGGAGAAAUCAUUGCCAGAGGAAAGCUAAGGACUGGUACUAUAUUUAGGAAGUGUUGAUUGUGUCCUAUGCUGUUAAUAAUGAAAUAUUGCCAACUGAAAAGGGAUGCCCCAUUGAAACAUUCUGCUCCCAGACAUUCACCUCAGCACUCUCUAAAACCAAAAGUGCUACCUAAAGAGAAAUUUAAUCUAAAGAGUAUGCAGUUAUGGUGAUCAUAAACAAACAUACCUGAAUAUGUAAUGGAACAUAUUUGAAAACUCCCUUUUAGUUUGAGCUUUCUAUUGGACCUGAGACUACUGUGACUGUUUGGGAAGUUGCUUCUCAUUCCUUUAUAUAGGAAAAUAAAGGAUACUACUGGAGGGCCUGAAUGGAGAAAUGGCAGCUUUUACAUCAAAAGAGUACCAAAUAAUAAAGAUUUUAAGAAGUGGA